AUGAGGAGGAGCCGACACCGCACAAGUAUGGGACUUCCUGUGCUUUGCAGAUGGCUUGUAUUCAUUGCGGCGGUGCCCGCCUGGCUGCUGGCUGCUCCGAACCCCACGCGUGAGCGUCCGUGCCCGGGAAGCUGCAGAUGUGACGGCAAAAUAAUCUACUGCGAAUCCAAUGCAUUCCGUGACGUGCCAAGCAAUGUGUCGGUGGGAACGCAAGGCCUGUCAUUGCGUUACAACAGCCUGAUGAGCCUGAGACCCCACCAGUUUGCAGGCCUCGGUCAAUUGGUGUGGCUGUACCUCGAUCACAACUACAUCGGUUCUGUGGAUGGCCAAGCAUUCCAUGGUAUACGCAGACUCAAAGAACUGAUUCUCAGUUCCAAUAAGAUCACUUUGCUUAAGAACAACACAUUCCACGAUGUUCCCAACUUGCGAAAUCUUGACCUUUCCUACAAUAAAUUGCAGACACUCCAACCAAAUCAAUUUGUGGGCCUGCGGAAGUUACUCAGUUUGCACUUGAGAUCCAAUUCCUUGAAAACCGUCCCGAUGCGUGUUUUCCUCGAUUGUCGCAACCUAGAAUUCCUGGAUAUCGGCUACAAUAGGCUACGUAGCCUCACGCGUAACGCCUUUGCCGGACUCUUUAAGCUGGUUGAGCUGCAUUUGGAACACAACCAGUUUUCCAAGAUCAACUUUGCUCAUUUCCCCCGCCUGACUAAUCUGAGGGCACUGUAUUUGCAAUGGAACCGCAUCAAAUUGCUGACUCAGGGCCUGACUUGGAUGUGGACCUCGCUGCAAAAGCUGGACCUGUCCGGAAAUGAGCUCCAGACGUUGGAUCCCAGCACGUUUCGAUGCCUGCCAAACCUGCAGACCCUCAACUUGGACUCCAACAAACUGAACAAUGUGUCGCAACAGACGGUGGAGACUUGGAUCUCCCUCACCACCGUCAGUCUCGCUGGUAAUCUGUGGCACUGUAACCCCAACAUAUGCCCUCUAGUGGACUGGCUCAAGGCCUUCAAGGGAAACAAGGAGUCCACUAUGAUUUGCACAGGCCCUAAAGAGGCGCAAGGAGAGAAAGUCACCGAUGUGGUGGAGACUUAUAACAUUUGCACAGUAACGCCGAGCCCUGUGACCUCGACGAGGGCGCCUCUCACGUCUGCAUUUCAAACAGAGCUGCUCCCUCUUCCCACACGGCCUGAAGUGGACAAAAAGCAGGCGGAGAAUAGGACAACUCCUACUCCAUCCCAAGCAUCUCCGACCAUCCCUUUACCCGACUCUGAGUACGUGUCCUUCCAUAAAAUCAUCGCCGGUAGUCUGGCCCUCCUCCUGUCCGUGGCUAUAAUCCUGCUUGUUAUAUAUGUUUCGUGGAAGCACUAUCCCAGCAGCAUUAAGCGGCUUCAGCAAGGCUCUGCGGUUAAAAAGCGGCAGAAAAAGGCUCGGGAGAACGAGCGCUCCUUUAAUUCGCCGCUGCAAGAAUAUUACGUGGACUACAAGCCGUCAAACUCGGAGACAAUGGAUGUGCUGGUUAAUGGGACAGGACCUUACACUUACACGAUCUCAGGCUCCAGGGAAUGCGAGGUCCCGCUGCAGUUGAGAUCCCUGACGUACAGUUGUGAGCCGUCAGUGCUGGACUACUGCCGUGCUCACCUGCACGUCAAGAUGGAGCCCCACUUUACGGAGAUGGAUGGUCUGAGGCCGAGCGGGUACCAGCGAGGCCCGGUGACCGUCCUUCCCCCGGACCAAUUGCCUCUGCCAGUGAGCAGCACAUACUAUUAA